AUGAUGAUGUGGGAAGCCGGCGAAACGAUGGAGUCUACCGGCGGCGCCGCGGCGGUGCGGAGGAAGCCGUCGUUGCGUGAGAGAGAGAACAAUCGGAGGAGAGAGAGGCGGAGAAGGGCGAUUGCGGCGAAGAUUUACGCGGGUCUUAGGGCGCAGGGGAAUUACAAUCUCCCAAAACACUGCGACAAUAACGAGGUGCUCAAAGCCCUCUGUGUGGAGGCCGGCUGGACGGUCGAGCCCGACGGCACCACUUAUCGGAAGGGAUGCAAGCCACCCAGCCCGAUGGAAAUCGGAGGCUCCUCAUCGAUAAACCCGAGUCCACCAUCCUCCUACUUUGCAAGCCCAAUCCCCUCCUACCAGCCCAGCCCAAACUCAUCCUGCUUCCCCAGCCCGACCCGCCGCGACCCGACCCACAACCCGCUCCCUUUCCUCCGUAUAUCAAACAGUGCUCCGGUCACUCCUCCCCUCUCGUCCCCAACACGAAAGCCUCCACCUUUCAGCCUCGAAGCCCUCGCCAGGCAUUCGAUGUCAGCCCUAAACAUCCCAUACUUUGCGGCAGCAUCCGAGCCCACGAGCCCGGGCAGAGGGCUAAGAUUCGGGUCCUCGGCCACAAUACCCGAGUGCGACGAGUCGGACGUGUCGACUGUCGAAUCGGGCCGAUGGAUCAGCUUUCGGACCCAAUCGGGUGUCGGGAUUCCACCUAGGAGCCCGACUUUCAAUCUCGUGAGAGGGGCCAGACAGGGCCCGGAGGAGGACUCGAUGGUAAUGGACACUGUGAAGCCGUGGGAAGGGGAGAGGAUUCACGAGGUGGGGAUGGAUGAGCUCGAGCUCACGCUCGGUAGGUAG